AUGGAUACAUACUUCUACGCAUUUUUACAAUAAUGCAAUGCUAAAAUUUUUUAAAAAUAAAUGAAGGAGAAUAUAUUGAAAGGACAUGCUAAGAUAUAAAGAAUCACUUUGUUUGAAGACAUUUUAAGAAUAAAUACAAAUUAAGAAAAUAAUCAAAUAAUUGAUCAAGACUUUGCGCUAAUUUAUUUAUUAUUAUUAUUAAUUGAAAAAAUAUUAAUCUUAUAAGAAAAUAGGUAGGUAGAAUGGAGAGUUAAAAAUAAAGCGAUAACAAUUAUUUUAUAUUUAUAAUAUUAGCAAUAGUAGUAAAACGCUUGUUAAGUAGAUUUCGUUUAAAGUUUUUCUAAAUUUCAGUUUUUAAAUACUCCAAAAAAUUCAGCUCUUUACAUCGCUUCCACUAAAAUCACUUACAAACCAUAUUACUAUUAUUGUUACUAUGUCAAAAAUUUAGUCUCUUUUCUUUAAAUAAAAACAUAUUAAAAAUAAUUAAAAUAUAUCAUAAAUGAAUCCUAUUUUUAUUCUAAUAAAAGUCUCGUUUAUUGCAGGAAAAAUUCUUUUUCACCUUCUUUCUUUCUUCUAUUAAUAUAAAUUAUUUAAAAGAAUAAUCUAAUUUUCUUUACGUACUUUCAAAAUACCUUUUGUUAAACAAAAAAUAUAUCAAUCAAUCUUCAAUCAAAUAAGUAAAAAAUUAAAUUAUUAAACUGUAAAUUAUAAAUACACACAAAAACAAACAAACACAACCACUAAAAAGAAACCUAAAAAAUAUAAUGA